AUGCAGCUGCGGAGCGCCUUUUUUGCCUUUUUGCCGACCGCUCUCGCGCUCGCCGUCGCCCCUCGGGGCCACGCCGCUGCGGAGCUGCCGGCGCCUCGGGAGCGGACGGCAACCGCCGCCUCGCUCCUGUCGCAGACCGACUACGCCCUGCCUGCGCAAGCCAGUGGGGACGUCCGCGGCGCCCCGCCGGCGAGGGCUGCUUUCCAGCUGGACUCUCUUGCCGUCGGAGACGUCCCCCGGCCGGGCGUCGGCGGCCGCCCUCCGCGUGGGAGGCGCUCGUCUCUCCGCGCUGCUGCUGCGACGCAGAGGACCCGCUCACGGCGCCACCCGGCCGCCAGGACGACCGCUGUCUACGCGCCACACGCUCGUGCGCGAAACAGAAGAAAGCAGCAGCAGGUGGACUCGACUGAGACGCGCUCAAGCACUGACCGUCACUACCGCAAUGAGAGCAAUCGGCGCGCUCGCACCCGGAGGGUGCGGCCUCUGCGGUCGGAUGGGCACCACGAACUCAUGUCACUGGUCAACGUCGUCGCAGUUCUCUCGUUCGCUGCGAUGCUAGUCAUCACGAGGCUGCUGCGGAAGGUUGGCAACAAAGCCAUCGAAAACGCCGGCACGGCAAUAAAGCCACGGGACUGGUUCACUGCGGAGCGUCUAGCCCAGAGGAAAGCGGCCUCCGUGGAGCCGACCCAGAAGGCACGCCUGCGCGCUGUCUACGCGCCGGAGCGGUGCUCCGAUGCGACAGCUGGCGUGGCGUGUCGCACACAUCCCGUGACUCGUGCGUGCGUCUCUUCUGACAGCAAGGAAGGCGACCACACAGUGAGUUUCCGCCUCAGCAGAGCUGCGGAGGACCAUCCCUCGGUAACGCGCGGAGCCUGCGAGGAGCUCAAGCAGCCGGGAGAGAAGGGAGCUGGGCAGCCCGUCGCGAGUGCUGGCGAUUUCUCGCCUUGCCGGAGCCGAGGCCCGUUCUAG